UCUUCUUUUAACAUCCACAUUUGUUUUGUAGGUUCAAAGGAGAAAUUUAACAUGAAAAUUAAAAUUGAGUUACAGUCUUGUUUUGGUAUAAAACAUACCAGCAAAUAAGAUGUCUGAAAAGGAGGGUACUUCAGAAGAGCUAGAAGAUAUCACUAGUCAACGUAGGAAAGAAUCUGGAUCAUGGUCAGAAGAGCCUGAAUUUAUUAAAGAAACAUCAAAUUCAUUAGAGGAAGUUUGUAAUGGGAAACCUUCCAGUCAGAUUUGUGAAACACAUCUUAGAAAUGAUAAAUUGGGUUUAUAUGAUGAUACAUCAUAUAUAUAUAUAUAUUGUCACUCUAUAAAUUGGAAAAAAAGUGCUAUUUCACAAAGUCCACCAUUAUCAAUGAUUGAGAUGGUUGCUGAAAAUCAGGCUUUCACUGGCUUAUCUCAUGAAACAUUAGAAAAAAACAGUGCACAACUCUCUGAGGAAAAUCAGAAAGGACUUGGCUUAGGAUCAGAUAACUUUACAGUUAACCUCAAGGCCAAGGGUUUACAAGAAUUCCCUAAGGACAUCUUAAAAACCAAAUAUGUAAAAUAUCUAUAUUUGGAUGAGACCCAAAUCAAAAGUUUUAAAGGGGCAGACUCAGGUGAUCUGCUAGGACUUGAAAUUCUAUCCUUGCAAGGAAAUGGGUUAUCAUCAUUUCUAUCUGAAAUUCAGUUACUUCAUAAUUUAAAGAUAUUAAAUGUCAGUCAUAAUCAAAUAUCACAUAUACCUAAAGAAAUAUCACAGGUUGGGAAUAUCAGGCAACUCUUUUUUAAUAACAAUUAUAUUGAGAAUUUUCCUUCUGGGUUAGAAAGUCUUGGAAACUUAGAAAUUUUAAGUUCGGCUAAAAAUAACUUAAGACAUAUACCAGACAUUCUGUCUAGUUUGAAAAACUUGACAAAAAACUUGACGGUUCUCAAUCUGGAAUAUAAUCAGUUAACAAUAUUUCCUAAAGCUCUGUGCUUCCUUCCAAAGUUAAUUUCACUAAGCCUUACUGGAAACCUGAUAAGCAGUUUGCCAAAAGAAAUUAGGGAGCUUAAACAUUUAGAAAAACUUUUACUGGAUCAUAAUCAACUUACUUUUUUGGCUGUGGAGAUUUUUCAACUGCUCAAAAUGAAAGAAAUCCUACUAACUGAUAAUAAACUGGAAGUUAUUUCACAGAAAAUUGAGAAUUUUAAGGAACUCAGAAUUCUAAUACUUGAUAAAAUAAAAGAAAUACCUGAGAAAAUUUCCCACUGUGUAAUGUUGGAAUGCCUUAGUCUUAGUAAUAACAAAUUAACAGAACUUCCUAAGAACAUCCAUAAGCUAAAAAAUUUAAGAAAACUCCAUGUAAACAGAAAUAAUAUAGUGAGAAUACCUGAAAAUAUCUCACAUCUUAGUAGUAUGUUCAGUCUAGAAUUUUCAGGAAAUGUAAUCACAGAUGUUCCCAUUGAAGUAAAAAAUUGUAGAAAAAUAACUAAAGUUGAAUUGAGUUAUAACAGAAUAAUUUUUCCAGUAGGUUUGUGUGCCUUAGAUUCUCUUUAUUAUUUGAAUUUUAAUGGAAAUUAUAUUUCAGAAAUACCUGUGGAUAUAUCUUUCAUUAAACAAUUGCUUCAUUUAGAGUUAAAUAAAAAUAAACUCCUCAUAUUUUCUGAGUAUUUAUGUUCUCUUAUUAAUCUUGAAUAUCUAGUUGGUAAAAACCAAAUAAGGAAAAUUCCACCAUUUAUUUCCAAUAUGGUAUCACUCUGUGUUCUGAUUUUAUGCUGUAAUAAAUUUGAAGCUUUUCCUAUAGAAGUAUGUACCUUAGAAAAUUUGCAAGUAUUUGAUCUUUCAACAAACCAAAUACAGAAUAUCCUUUCAGAUAUCUGUAACCUAAAAAGAAUCCAGAAAUUAAACAUCUCAAGCAAUCAAUUUAUGUAUUUUCCUAUUGAGCUGUGCCAACUUCAAUCACUGGAAGAGCUGAAUAUAAAUCAGAUAAAUGGAAGAAAGUUAACGAGACUUCCAGAAGAGCUGUCUAAUAUGACUCAGCUUAAAAGACUUGAUAUCUCAAAUAAUGCAAUCAGAGAGAUUCCAAGAAAUAUAGGGGAAUUGAGAAGUUUGGUUAGUUUAAAUGCAUACAACAAUCAAAUAUGUUAUCUGCCACCAUCUUUUCUAUGUUUACAUGAUCUCCAGCAACUAAAUUUCAGUGGAAAUAAUCUGACAGAUCUGCCUAGGGAUAUCCACAACCUUUUUUCACCGAAGGAGAUAAAUUUUGAUGAUAACACUUUGCUGAGACCUCCUAUGGAAAUCUGUAAAGGAAAACAACUCUAUACGAUUGCACACUAUCUAGAGAGGGCAGAUCAAAGAGAUGAGAAAAUCCUAGAGAAGAUCUUCAACAUAGUUGCCAAAAAUAUCACUGAAACAAAUUUUAAGUUUUUGUGUCAAAAACCAAGCUUGGCAAUCUCAGAAACAGAUAUGCCUACAAAGAGCACUGUUUCAUUAAGUGAGAGAGUCCGCCAAGCACUUAAUAGGUGGAAAACAGAAAGUAACAACCUGUCACUAACUAUAGCUGCUUUAACAGACCAACUAACUCGGGCACUAAUGAUGAUAGGAGCAUAUGAAAUUAUGGACAAAAUAACAGCUUUAAAAGUUUUUACACGUGCAAUUAAAUUCUGA